CGCGGCAGAGCUCGCACUGUUGCGUCUCCGAGCAGAGUUCCCAGAGUCCGAGUCCAGACCCGCAGCAACCGCAGAGACCCGCAGAGACCCGCAGAGACCCGAGACCCGCAGCAACCGCAGAGACCCGCAGAGACCCGCAGAGACCCGAGACCCGCAGGAACUGCAGAGACCCGAGACCCGCAGAGACCCGAGACCCGCACACAGGUGAGACCCGCACACAGAUUAGGCAUCAUGGGUAAAGCCUGCAUGACGGCGAGCAAGUACUUCCUGUUCCUCUUCAACCUCCUCUUCUUUUUGUCUGGACUCGUUAUCCUGGGCUUCGGACUGUGGCUCCUGCUGGACAAUCAGAGCUUCAUCCUGGUUAUCAACGACUCGGUUCCGGUGAAGGCGACCUGCUUCCUCCUCAUCACGGCCGGAUCUUUGUCGAUGCUGAUGGGCUUCGUGGGCUGUUUGGGGGCCGUUUACGAGAUCCGGGCCCUGCUCGUUCUGUACUUCACCUCCCUCCUGCUCAUCCUCAUGGCCCAGGUUGUUGCCGGCGUCCUCAUCUACUUCCAGAAGGAUGUGCUGAACGACGAGACGUCGAAGGUUGUGACGAAGGUGUUGGACGGUUACCGUGGAAACAACUCCAGCACAGAGCAGGCCUGGGACUUCGUCCAGCGGAGUAUGUCGUGUUGUGGGUGGACCGGCCGCCAGGACUGGAGCAGCAACCUGGUCGUAACCAACAGCUCCCAGCUGCUGUUCCCCUGCUCCUGCCACAACGUCUCGCUGGAAACUCCUCCGUCCUCCGGAAACUUCUCUGACGGCGGUUUCUGUGAAGCCCAGAGUCCCGACUGGCCCGUCUACGACGUGGGAUGUGCUGCCAGCGUGGAGAGCUGGCUGACCACCAACAUGGGCGUCGUCCUGGGCAUCAGCGCCGGCGUGGCCUUUAUCGAGCUGCUGGGGAUGAUCCUGUCCGUCUGUCUGUGCAAGAACGUCCACAACGAGGACUACACCAAGGUUCCCAAGUACUGACCCAAGGACUUUACUGAAGUACUGGACCAGGACUGGACCUGGACCUGGACCUGGACCUGGACCAGGACCAGGACUGGACCAGGACUGGACCUCCGCAGAGGAAACCAGGAAGGAAGCAGCUCUGAGUGUUUGGUGACGAUGGAAACAAAUGUAAAAUAUGAAAGGUGUUCUUUGUUUCAUUGGAUUUAUCUCCUGGGGUUAUUUUCCUUUAAGCACUUUAGAAAGGUUUUAGUUUAGACAUUUGGAGCAGUUGUUGAAGAUAAGUUUGGAUGAAGAAGGCUGAAGUAUGGCUGCAUCCGGAUUUCCUUCUUCCUUUAAGAUGUUUAGCUGUUUGUGAGUCCGUGGAGAUGUGAGGAAGGUUCUGGAGAUGCAGCCUGACCUCUGUGUUUCUGCAGCACCAGUUGGAUGCUUUUACUACUUUGUAUAUAAUUUCAGCGCUUGUUUUUAUGAAUUUGAUCCCGAUAGAUUUGUCUCUGUGUUAGCUUUCAUAUCUGAAUUCCUGUUUCUUCUUUGACUCUUGGGGUUUUUCCUUCAGGACAUGAAUAGUAACGUACUAAAGAUGCUCGUUUCGUAGGAAGGCCUUCACAGUGACUUCUAACCCUGUUUGAUUUCUGUUUAAAUGUAAAACUGACAAAUUAGUUUAAAGCCAGAAACAGUUUUUGGAGAGAUGCAUCUUCAGACAACAGUAUAAUAAUUAGAUUUGAGCAGAGAUGUUUAUAAGCUUUUAUUCUUUUUAUGUCCAGAAACUUUCUGUUAACCUCAUACUGGUUUCUCCAUGAACUUCAGCUGUAGCCCAAGAGUCUUUUAUUCUGCUUCAUUUUGUUAAUAAACUCAUUAAAGUCA